ACCACUUAGACACAACAUGGUCCUUCGUUUAGCGCCACUUUGGAUUAGUCUUUUAGUGUAAAAGGACACUUUACAGCAUAACUAGUUGUCGUAUUAAAUAAAACUCGGUGGUUUGAAUAAAAUGUUCAUUAGCAAAAUAUAAGACUUAUAUAGAAAGUUACGCAAGCCCUUUAAUAUUAGCUGCGGAUUAGCUAGAAGGCAGAAAGCUGAGCUUCUGUAGGGGGUUAUUUGCUUGGCUCGUCUUAAAUCAGCACUGAAAUGGACUGUGAGGAUGAUCUUGACAUUCUGACGGCCCUAUUGGAUGAGGGCGAUGAUGUUGGUGAAGCUCAACAUGGCCAGGAACAGGUGGACGACUGGGAUUGCCUGUUUGGUGCGGACGGUGAUGAGGAGGAAGAAUACAAGGAGGGUAGUGAAGAAGAAGCGGUGGCCAAAGAGGAUGUAGUGUUGGAGCUGUUUGGAGAUGUUGAAGACAUUGAAAAGGAGGAGAAAAACAUAAAAGGAAAAGGAGGUGCCAAUGAGAACCCGAACCAGUCCAAAGAGGAUUUACAAGAGGAGUUGAGGAAAAUGCAGAAGCAGAUGCAGAAACUUCAGCAGCAACUGGAGGCAAGCCACAAAGUUCCAGCCGCUAAAACCACUACAGCAGCAAGUCCUAAAUCAGAGGUCCUAAAGCCAUCCCUGACCCAGCAACCAGAACCCAGACGGGUCAGAGCCAAAGCAAUUCCAACACUGAUGCAGUCAGCAUCAACAUCUUCAUCCACUCCAGUCAGAGCAGGAAGCUCAAAUCUCCAAGAAUCCACAGAUUUUUUAUCUCAGCUCAACAACGGAGAUUUGUUUAAACGAAAACCUCGAGUGGCUCACAAACUCAAAGCAUCCUCACCUGAGGACAGAAAACCACUGGUGGAGGUAAAGCUUGGCAGCUCCUUCCAGGCAUUAGAAAGCAGCAGCCAGGCCCUGGAGCGUCUCCUCUCUCCUCCUUCUUCCCACAGCACACAUGCACCAACUGCAUCAGCAGGACCUUCUAAACCUGCUGCUCCUCUUCCUCUACCCAAAGAUUUAAAUAUUGAGAAGUACUCAGGCCUACGGAUCAGAAGGCCACGUGUUUCCUCGAGUGAGAUGGACCGCAAGAUGGCUGACCGCCGCCUGAUUCGCCUUUCGCAGGUGCCAGAGUGCUUAAAAAGGGAGAAGCUGGAGGAUAGCGACUGGGUGACGUUUGCAGUUCUGGUCAACAAAGCCACGCCUCAGAGCAACAGCAGUGGCAAAACCUUCAGCAUAUGGAAACUCAGCGACCUCCACAACCUGGAGGUCUUUGUGUCUCUGUUCCUGUUUGGUGACGUUCACAAGGAGCACUGGAAGAUGGAGCUAGGCACGGUCAUAGGACUCCUAAACCCCAACUCCAUGAAGCAAAGAGAUGGAUACGACGGGGUGAGUUUGACGGUGGACCACUCCCAGAAGGUGCUGGUUAUGGGUGAAGCUCAGGACUUUGGGACCUGUAAGGCUGUGAAGAAGAAUGGAGAGCCGUGCUCUCAGAUUGUUAACAUGUACGAAUGCCAGUACUGCCAGUAUCAUGUCAGAGCCCAGUAUAAGAAGAUGAGCUCCAAGAGAGCAGAGCUGCAGUCGUCAUACUCUGGAAAACCCCCCAACAGGGUGAAGGGGAGGGGGGGGCUCAAAGAGCGCCUGUGUCAGGAUGGUUUUUACUACGGCGGCGUGUCCUCCGCCGCCUGCGCCGCUUCUCUAACGACGUCCAAAGUGAAAAAACCUGCCCAGAAAACUCUGGAUAGCCUGUUCAUUAGAGGUUCGGCUCAGCUCAUCAGUCAGGCCAAGAGGCUCGCCAUUCAGUCGGGCGAGGUUUCCGGUUGCUCUGACGAUUUUAAGACCUUGAUGUCUGCGCCAACACCAGGAGCUCUGCAGCUGAAGAAGCACCUGUCUCAGAGCAGCCCCUCAGUUCCCAAAGACCCAGCUGGAGCUCCACUUCAGUCCAUCUCGGCCUCCGAUCUCUUGAAGCAACAGAAACAGAGGCAGCGUGAGCUCCUCGCCACCCGACAGCAGAGAGCAGACGAAAGGAGGCAGCAAAUCUCUGGAGGCGUCAGGUCCACACAAGGUGGCUUAAUGUCCCCAAAAGCUGCUUCUGAGGUCCCUAAGGUGACUCGGAGCCCCGCAGCUCCUCACACCCCAACCCUCGGCCGAGGUUUCACCCAGGGAGAUGACAUCCUCUUCUUUGACAACAGCCCUCCUCCAGCUCCGCCUUCCAGCAGUCUCAGCCUGUCAGCUGCCAAGAUGGCCGCGCUGAAGAAGCUGAAGGCCAAAGGAAUGGGGCUGGACAAAGAAGACCCUAACGCUGUGAAGAGGAAGAGGAGCAACAGCAGUGAAAUUAGCGCUAGAGUGGAGAAGAAUCUGACCUCACCCACUGGCGAAUCAUCUUGUAAUGAUGAGGAGGAGCCAGCCCAGAAAAAGAAACGCGAGCAGCUCGAGUACAUCCAGUCAGAAGAGUUCCAGAAGAUCCUCAAUGCUAAGUCUCGACACCAGACUGUGCUGCAGGCGGCGGAGUACCAGCUGCAGGAGCGCUACUUUGAUGUCCUGGUGAAGAAAGAGCAAAUGGAGGAGAAGAUGAGAGGAAUCAGAGAGAUGAAGUGUCGAGCGGUCACCUGUACAAAGUGUAACUACACCUACUUCAAGCCAGCAGACCGUUGUGUAAACGAGAACCACGCCCUGCGCUGGCACGAUGCUUUAAAACGCUUCUUCAAAUGUCCCUGUGGACAGAGGGCCAUCGCUCUAGACAGGCUGCCCCACAAACACUGCAGUAACUGUGGUCUGUUUAAAUGGGAGCGUGACGGGAUGCUGAAGGAGAAAAUAGGGCCUAAAAUUGGAGGAGAACUUCUUCAGCCUCGAGGAGAAGAACAUGCAAAGUUCCUCAGCAGCAUGAAGUGAUUUCUGGAGGAGCAAAUGCAGAUUAGAGACAUUUGUUUGUAAUGAUCGAAGUCUUAAUGUUUCUACUAAUCAAGUUUUUAAACAUUCAUUCUAACCCAAUAUGUACUGGAUUUACUGGAGAGAGACUGAAUUAAACUGUUCUCUGUGCUGAACUCAA